CACAUGUUUAUAUCCAUGCGCGGAGAUGCCCUGAAACUCCGGCGAUGUCGCAAUGAGUCGGGAGCAGCGCCUCAAAUCAAAUUACCCGCCGAGUCAAGGGUCCGAAUCAUCUGAGUCCGGCAUACUCAACGAAAGCAUUCUCGUCCUCCUCUUCAAGACCAUCGAAUGGGACGUUCAAACUCUCUGCCUGACCUCUUCUGUCAAUCGGAAGCUCCGAGCCAUAGCAGAGCGUGUGCUCUGGCGCGAGCUCUGCGUGUACCGGGCACCGCGAAUGGUGGACACAUUGGCCAACGGUACGCCCCACGGUCGGUUCUGCGGCGGGUGGCAGGCCCUCGCGAAGCUAAUGUUCUUCUGCUGUGGUUGCGAAUCAACGCGGAAUUUCAAGGUGAAUCAGCCCUCGCCAGGUCACUUCGUGGAGACCACUCGGUUUUCGAAAACCUCGGGACGGAGCUUCUUGACCAAGAAGUGUCGGGGAGACUUGUUGUACGUGAGUGACCCGUGCGAGCAUCCCACUACGGGCGAGGAAGAUGAUCAACUGGGGAUUUACAGAGGCGUAUUCAAGGGAUUCACCAGGUCGACGACGAGGGAGAGCUUGAUCGGAAGGCAGGCGGCGCUGGAGGACAGAGUGAGGUGUCCUUAUUGUGGGGCUCGCGUGUGGAGCAUGACGACGGCUCGGUUGGUGCCCAAGAGCGCAGCAAGGCGGCUAGGCUCGCACGAUGGGGGCUUGGAGUAUUUCGUGUGUGUGAAUGGGCACUUGCAUGGAACAUGUUGGCUGGUGCCGUUAUCGUCCGACGAGGAUAAAACCAACAGCGACGAUGAAGACAACGGUAGUAAGGGCGGGAAUAUCGAUACUCAGACUGGGAUGGAAGGCGAUCAGUAACAGAUCAUCAAGUAAUCAUGAGUUAACAGGUUCAAAAAUGGAGAUGAAUAAAUCCCUUGGUGGAUCAUGAGGCUGGACAUAUAAUUAAUGGUGGACCGCACGUAAUGAGGCUAACGUGAAGUUCUGAAUUAAUGGAGAGUAGGUAGGAAUUUUCAGAGAGUGAUUGAUUUUCUUCUUGCAUUAAUUGGUCAUGAGGUCACGAUGCCCUGUUUUGUUUUUGUAUAAAUUUCAUGCUUGAUUGAUGAUAGAUGGAUGUAUAGAAGGAGGUAGGUUUUGUGCAUCCUGCAUAUUGCGUAUUGGCUCAAUAAGAUGCUCCUGCAACCAUACGUGCAGUACUUUUA